GCCCCCUUGGCUUUUUCCCGGUCCCCGCUGCGCGUCCGCUGCUGUCCCUGUGCCCGAGGACUGGGAGGAUGGGGCUGAGCCGCUUGCCUGACUUUUGAUCCGACCAGUAAUCACUUUGCCCGUGUGGCGCGUGGCCCGUUGCCUGAGGCUUCCCGGCGCGUGGGGCUGUUUGGUCGCCUCCGGAGUGCGGUGAGGCGGGCCGAGCCGGGACUGCCUGGGUUUGGGGAUAACGUUCCCACCUCCACCCCUGUUGCAGCAAGGGAAAUUGAGGCUGAGGGAACUGGGCCCAGGGACGGCGAGCCGUGGCUGCCUCUCCAGUCCGGGCCCCGAAGGGCUGCUCGUGGAUGAACCAGACUGAUUUUAAGGGGUGAAGAGGGUGCGUUUCAAUCAGAUGCUUCUGGAACGUCGAAAUUGUCUUCUUUGGAAAGAACCAUCCCCUCUUUGGGCUUCAGAGGCCCAAAUUGAGGCGCAAUGAUGAGAGGAUGUGGUGGUCUACUCUGAUGUCAAUCUUGAGGGCUAGGGUCUUGCUAUGUCACCCAGGCUGGAGUGGAAUUGUGUGAUCAAGACUCACUGAAGCCUCCAACUCCUGGGCUCAAGCAAUCCUCCCACCUCAGCCUCCCAAGUAGCUGGGACUACAGGCUGGAGUGCGAUGGCAUGAUCUCGGCUCACUGCAACUUCCGCCUCCCGGAUUCAACGGAUUCUCCUGCCUCAGCCUCCUGAGUAGCUGGGAUUACAGGUGCCUGCCACGACACCCAGGACCAGACUUAUGAAGUGGCCUCCCUGAGGACAUUUUCUGAUCUUAUGGUAUGAAGUUCCUUCAGGCUCUUAAUUCUGGAUAAACUGGAGUGAUUAACAAGAGCAAAGAGACAUAGUAUUCUGAUAAGGACUUUGUGUCUUAUUUUUCUUUUAUAUCACAAUUGGAGCCACAGUUGUGGGCAAGGCACUGACUUUCUUGAUGAAUUCUGUCCAUCUGUAAAGCAGCUAAAUAUCCCACUGGAGGCUUUGCCUCUCAGAGACAACGUGAAGACAGAUAAGCAGGCAUCAGGAGCAGAGUGGCCUCUCAGCUGGUCAGAUUCUCCAAAGAAGGAUCCUCUAGGCUGGGCACGGUGGCUCACACCUAUAAUCCCGGCACUUUGGGAGGCCAAGGCAGGUGGAUCAUGAGGUCAGGAGUUCGAGACCAGCCUGGCCAAUAUGUUCUUUUUGGAAGUGGAUAUCUACUCAGACAGUAAGAAUUAUAAGAGCUCUAAGAGCUCAUUUUGGAGGAAUAAUGGAUGAACCAUCUCACUUGGCCAAACCUCUGGAGCUGAACCAGCACUCUCGAUUCAUAAUAGGUUCUGUGUCUGAAGAUAACUCAGAGGAUGAGAUCAGCAAUCUGGUAAAGCUGGACCUACUGGAGGAGAAGGAGGGCUCUUUGUCACCUGCUUCUGUUGGCUCAGAUACACUCUCUGAUUUGGGGAUCUCUAGCCUACAGGAUGGCUUGGCCUUGCACAUAAGGUCCAGCAUGUCUGGCUUGCACCUAGUAAAGCAGGGCCGAGACAGAAAGAAAAUAGAUUCUCAACGAGAUUUCACUGUGGCUUCUCCAGCAGAAUUUGUUACUCGCUUUGGGGGAAAUAAAGUGAUUGAGAAGGUUCUUAUUGCUAACAAUGGCAUUGCAGCAGUGAAAUGCAUGCGGUCUAUCCGUAGGUGGUCUUAUGAAAUGUUUCGAAAUGAACGUGCAAUUCGAUUCGUUGUCAUGGUCACACCUGAAGACCUUAAAGCCAAUGCAGAAUACAUUAAGAUGGCAGAUCACUAUGUGCCAGUGCCUGGAGGACCAAACAACAACAACUAUGCAAAUGUGGAAUUAAUUCUUGAUAUUGCUAAAAGGAUCCCAGUACAAGCAGUGUGGGCUGGCUGGGGUCAUGCUUCUGAGAAUCCCAAACUACCAGAACUUCUCUUGAAAAAUGGCAUUGCCUUCAUGGGUCCUCCAAGCCAGGCCAUGUGGGCUUUAGGGGAUAAGAUUGCAUCUUCCAUAGUGGCUCAAACUGCAGGUAUCCCAACUCUUCCCUGGAGUGGCAGUGGUCUUCGUGUGGACUGGCAGGAAAAUGAUUUUUCAAAACGUAUCUUAAAUGUUCCCCAGGAGCUAUAUGAAAAAGGUUAUGUGAAAGAUGUGGAUGAUGGGCUACAGGCAGCUGAGGAAGUUGGAUAUCCAGUAAUGAUCAAGGCCUCAGAGGGAGGAGGAGGGAAGGGAAUUAGAAAAGUCAACAAUGCAGAUGACUUCCCUAAUCUCUUCAGACAGGUUCAAGCUGAAGUUCCUGGAUCUCCCAUAUUUGUGAUGAGACUAGCCAAACAAUCUCGUCAUCUGGAGGUGCAGAUCUUAGCAGACCAAUAUGGCAAUGCUAUCUCUUUGUUUGGUCGUGAUUGCUCUGUACAACGCAGGCAUCAGAAGAUUAUUGAAGAAGCCCCUGCUACUAUUGCUACUCCAGCAGUAUUUGAACACAUGGAACAGUGUGCGGUGAAACUUGCCAAAAUGGUGGGUUAUGUGAGUGCUGGGACUGUGGAAUACCUGUACAGCCAGGAUGGCAGCUUCUACUUUCUGGAAUUGAAUCCUCGGCUACAGGUAGAGCACCCUUGUACAGAGAUGGUGGCUGAUGUCAAUCUCCCUGCAGCACAGCUCCAGAUUGCCAUGGGGAUUCCUCUAUAUAGAAUCAAGGAUAUCCGUAUGAUGUACGGGGUAUCUCCCUGGGGUGAUUCUCCCAUUGAUUUUGAAGAUUCUGCACACGUUCCUUGCCCAAGGGGCCAUGUUAUUGCUGCUCGGAUCACUAGUGAAAAUCCAGAUGAGGGUUUUAAGCCCAGCUCAGGAACAGUUCAGGAACUAAAUUUCCGCAGCAAUAAGAAUGUUUGGGGAUAUUUCAGUGUUGCUGCUGCAGGGGGACUUCAUGAAUUUGCUGAUUCUCAGUUUGGUCACUGCUUUUCUUGGGGAGAAAACAGAGAGGAGGCAAUUUCAAACAUGGUGGUGGCUUUGAAGGAGCUGUCUAUUCGGGGUGACUUUCGAACUACAGUUGAAUACCUGAUCAAAUUGUUAGAGACUGAAAGCUUUCAGAUGAACAGAAUUGAUACUGGCUGGCUGGACAGACUGAUAGCAGAAAAAGUACAGGCUGAGCGACCUGACACCAUGUUGGGGGUUGUGUGUGGGGCCCUCCACGUGGCAGAUGUGAGCCUGCGGAAUAGCAUCUCUAACUUCCUUCACUCCUUAGAAAGGGGUCAAGUUCUUCCUGCUCAUACACUUCUGAAUACAGUAGAUGUUGAACUUAUCUAUGAGGGAGUCAAGUAUGUACUUAAGGUGACUCGACAGUCCCCCAACUCCUAUGUGGUGAUCAUGAAUGGCUCAUGUGUAGAAGUAGAUGUACAUCGGCUGAGUGACGGUGGACUGCUCUUGUCCUAUGAUGGCAGCAGUUAUACUACGUAUAUGAAAGAGGAAGUGGAUAGAUAUCGCAUCACGAUUGGCAAUAAAACCUGUGUGUUUGAGAAGGAAAAUGACCCAUCAGUGAUGCGCUCACCUUCUGCUGGGAAGUUAAUCCAGUACAUUGUAGAAGAUGGAGGUCAUGUGUUUGCUGGCCAGUGCUAUGCUGAGAUUGAGGUGAUGAAGAUGGUAAUGACCUUAACAGCUGUGGAGUCUGGCUGUAUCCAUUACGUCAAGCGACCUGGAGCAGCUCUUGACCCUGGCUGUGUACUAGCCAAAAUGCAACUGGACAACCCUAGCAAGGUUCAGCAGGCUGAACUUCACACAGGUAGUCUGCCACGGAUCCAGAGCACGGCACUCAGAGGCGAGAAACUCCAUCGAGUGUUCCAUUAUGUCCUGGAUAAUCUGGUCAACAUAAUGAAUGGAUACUGCCUUCCAGAUCCUUUCUUUAGCAGCAAGGUAAAAGACUGGGUAGAGCGAUUGAUGAAAACCCUCAGAGAUCCCUCCCUGCCUCUCCUAGAAUUGCAAGAUAUCAUGACCAGUGUGUCUGGCCGCAUUCCCCCCAAUGUGGAGAAGUCUAUCAAGAAGGAAAUGGCUCAGUAUGCUAGCAACAUCACAUCAGUCCUCUGUCAGUUUCCCAGCCAGCAGAUUGCCAACAUCCUAGAUAGCCAUGCAGCUACAUUGAACCGGAAAUCUGAACGAGAAGUCUUCUUUAUGAAUACUCAGAGCAUUGUUCAGCUGGUACAGAGGUACCGAAGUGGCAUCCGAGGCCACAUGAAGGCUGUGGUGAUGGAUCUGCUCCGGCAGUACCUGCGAGUAGAGACGCAAUUCCAGAAUGGUCACUAUGACAAAUGUGUAUUCGCCCUCCGGGAAGAGAAUAAAAGUGACAUGAACACUGUACUGAACUACAUCUUCUCUCACGCUCAAGUCACCAAGAAGAAUCUUCUGGUCACAAUGCUUAUUGAUCAGUUGUGUGGCCGAGACCCUACUCUCACUGAUGAGCUUCUGAAUAUUCUCACAGAGCUAACUCAACUCAGUAAGACCACCAAUGCCAAAGUAGCACUUCGAGCACGCCAGGUUCUUAUUGCCUCCCAUUUGCCAUCAUAUGAGCUUCGCCAUAACCAAGUAGAGUCUAUCUUCCUAUCAGCUAUUGACAUGUAUGGACAUCAAUUUUGCAUUGAGAACCUGCAGAAACUCAUCCUAUCAGAAACAUCUAUUUUUGAUGUCCUACCAAACUUCUUCUAUCACAGCAACCAAGUAGUGAGGAUGGCAGCUCUGGAGGUGUAUGUUCGAAGGGCUUAUAUUGCCUACGAACUUAACAGCGUACAACACCGCCAGCUUAAGGACAACACCUGUGUGGUGGAAUUCCAGUUCAUGCUGCCCACAUCUCAUCCAAACAGAGGGAACAUCCCUACGCUAAACAGAAUGUCCUUCUCCUCCAACCUCAACCACUACGGCAUGACCCAUGUGGCUAGUGUCAGCGAUGUACUGUUGGACAGCUCAUUCACUCCACCUUGUCAGCGGAUGGGCGGAAUGGUCUCUUUUCGGACUUUUGAAGAUUUUGUCAGGAUCUUUGAUGAAGUGAUGGGCUGCUUCUCUGACUCCCCACCCCAGAGUCCCACAUUCCCUGAGGCGGGUCACACAUCUCUUUAUGAUGAAGAUAAGGUUCCCAGGGAUGAACCAAUUCACAUUCUCAAUGUGGCUAUCAAGACUGACUGUGAUAUUGAGGAUGACAGGCUGGCAGCUAUGUUCAGAGAAUUUACCCAGCAAAAUAAAGCUACCCUGGUUGACCAUGGGAUCCGGCGCCUUACUUUCCUGGUUGCACAAAAGGAUUUCAGAAAACAGGUCAACUAUGAGGUGGAUCGGAGAUUUCAUAGAGAAUUCCCUAAAUUUUUUACAUUCCGAGCAAGGGAUAAGUUUGAGGAGGAUCGUAUCUAUCGUCACCUGGAACCUGCUCUGGCUUUCCAGUUAGAGCUGAACCGGAUGAGAAAUUUUGACCUCACUGCCAUUCCAUGUGCUAAUCACAAGAUGCACCUGUAUCUCGGGGCAGCCAAGGUGGAAGUGGGUACAGAAGUGACAGACUACAGGUUCUUUGUUCGUGCAAUCAUCAGGCAUUCUGAUCUGGUCACCAAGGAAGCUUCUUUUGAAUAUCUGCAAAAUGAAGGGGAGCGGCUACUCCUGGAAGCCAUGGAUGAGUUGGAAGUUGCUUUUAACAAUACAAAUGUCCGUACUGACUGUAACCACAUCUUCCUCAACUUUGUGCCCACGGUUAUCAUGGACCCGUCAAAGAUUGAGGAAUCUGUGCGGAGCAUGGUAAUGCGGUAUGGAAGUCGCCUGUGGAAAUUGCGUGUCCUGCAGGCAGAACUGAAAAUCAACAUUCGCCUGACGCCAACUGGAAAAGCAAUUCCCAUCCGCCUCUUCCUGACAAACGAGUCUGGCUAUUACUUGGAUAUCAGCCUAUACAAGGAAGUGACUGACUCCAGGACAGCACAGAUCAUGUUUCAGGCAUAUGGAGACAAACAGGGACCACUGCAUGGAAUGUUAAUCAAUACUCCUUAUGUGACCAAAGACCUGCUGCAAUCAAAGAGGUUCCAGGCGCAAUCCUUAGGGACAACAUACAUAUAUGAUAUCCCAGAGAUGUUUCGGCAGUCCCUGAUCAAACUCUGGGAGUCUAUGUCCACUCAAGCAUUUCUUCCAUCUCCCCCUCUGCCUUCUGACAUGCUGACUUACACCGAACUGGUAUUGGAUGAUCAAGGUCAGCUGGUCCACAUGAACAGGCUUCCAGGAGGAAAUGAGAUUGGCAUGGUAGCUUGGAAAAUGACCUUUAAAAGUCCUGAAUAUCCAGAAGGCCGAGAUAUCAUUGUUAUUGGCAAUGACAUCACAUACCGAAUUGGGUCCUUUGGGCCUCAAGAGGAUUUGUUAUUUCUCAGAGCUUCUGAACUUGCUAGGGCAGAAGGUAUUCCACGCAUCUAUGUAUCAGCCAACAGUGGAGCAAGAAUCGGACUGGCAGAAGAAAUUCGUCAUAUGUUUCAUGUGGCCUGGAUAGAUCCUGAGGAUCCUUACAAGGGAUACAGAUAUUUAUAUCUGACCCCUCAAGAUUAUAAGAGAGUCAGUGCUCUCAACUCUGUCCAUUGUGAACACGUGGAGGAUGAAGGAGAAUCCAGGUACAAGAUAACAGAUAUUAUUGGGAAAGAAGAGGGAAUUGGACCCGAGAACCUUCGAGGUUCUGGAAUGAUUGCUGGAGAAUCCUCAUUGGCCUAUAAUGAGAUCAUUACCAUCAGCCUGGUGACGUGCCGGGCCAUUGGGAUUGGGGCUUACCUUGUCCGGCUGGGACAGAGAACCAUCCAGGUUGAGAAUUCUCACUUAAUUCUAACAGGAGCUGGAGCCCUCAACAAAGUUCUUGGGCGGGAAGUGUAUACCUCCAAUAACCAGCUGGGGGGCAUCCAGAUUAUGCACAACAAUGGGGUGACCCACUGCACUGUGUGUGAUGACUUUGAAGGGGUUUUCACUGUCCUGCACUGGCUGUCUUACAUGCCCAAGAGCGUGCACAGUUCAGUUCCUUUUCUGAACUCAAAGGAUCCUAUAGACAGAAUCAUCGAGUUUGUUCCCACAAAGGCCCCAUACGAUCCUCGAUGGAUGCUAGCAGGCCGUCCUCACCCAACCCAAAAAGGUCAAUGGUUGAGUGGCUUUUUUGACUAUGGAUCUUUCUCAGAGAUUAUGCAGCCCUGGGCACAGACUGUGGUGGUUGGUAGAGCCAGGCUAGGAGGAAUACCUGUGGGAGUUGUUGCUGUAGAAACCCGAACAGUAGAACUAAGUAUCCCAGCUGAUCCAGCAAACCUGGAUUCUGAAGCCAAGAUAAUCCAGCAGGCUGGCCAGGUUUGGUUCCCAGAUUCUGCGUUUAAGACAUAUCAGGCCAUCAAGGACUUCAACAGGGAAGGGCUGCCUCUGAUGGUCUUUGCCAACUGGAGAGGCUUCUCUGGUGGAAUGAAAGACAUGUACGACCAAGUGCUGAAGUUUGGUGCUUACAUUGUGGACGGCUUGAGGGAGUGCUCCCAGCCUGUGCUGGUUUACAUUCCUCCCCAGGCUGAGCUGCGGGGUGGCUCCUGGGUAGUGAUUGACUCCUCCAUCAACCCCCGGCACAUGGAGAUGUAUGCUGACCGAGAAAGCAGGGGAUCUGUUCUGGAGCCAGAAGGGACAGUAGAAAUCAAAUUCCGCAGAAAGGAUCUGGUGAAAACCAUGCGUCGGGUGGAUCCAGUCUACAUCCACUUGGCUGAGCGAUUGGGGACCCCAGAGCUAAGCACGGCUGAGCGGAAGGAGUUGGAGAACAAGUUGAAGGAGCGGGAGGAAUUCCUAAUUCCCAUUUACCAUCAGGUAGCCGUGCAGUUUGCUGACUUGCACGACACACCAGGCCGGAUGCAGGAGAAGGGUGUUAUUAGCGAUAUCCUGGAUUGGAAAACAUCCCGUACCUUCUUCUACUGGCGGCUGAGGCGUCUUCUGCUGGAGGACCUGGUCAAGAAGAAAAUCCACAAUGCCAACCCUGAGCUGACUGACGGCCAGAUUCAAGCCAUGUUAAGGCGCUGGUUUGUGGAAGUGGAAGGAACAGUGAAGGCCUAUGUUUGGGACAAUAAUAAGGAUCUGGCGGAGUGGCUAGAGAAACAGCUGACAGAGGAGGAUGGUGUUCACUCGGUAAUAGAGGAAAACAUCAAAUGCAUCAGCAGAGACUACGUCCUCAAGCAAAUCCGCAGCUUGGUCCAGGCCAAUCCAGAGGUUGCCAUGGAUUCCAUCAUCCAUAUGACCCAGCAUAUAUCACCCACUCAGCGAGCAGAAGUCGUACGGAUCCUCUCCACAAUGGAUUCCCCUUCCACGUAGGAAGAGCUUCCUGCCUGUCCCUGCCCUGUCUGUGGAGAAAAGGACUAGAGCUGCCUUUUACAACUGCAACCACUGUAAUGAGAAGGCACAGGAGACCCAGCACUGGAGUCAAAGUGGCAUUUUACUUCCUCUCAAGUGUUUCAGGUUAUGCAUGACAUCCUGGGAUGUAAGAUCACAGAAUCCCCUCCAGCCCACCAGUCACAUCUACCCCAUUCAGUAUUUAUUACCCUGGUCAGGCCUAGUCCUCCACUCCCUGCACAGCACUGAGAAGGCAAUGAAAGGUACAAACAUGUACCAUGAGGUCUUACUACCCAAAGCAGGGCUGCCCCUCCUGUCCUGACAGCCCCUUGGCCCCCCAGCAUGGGGAAGCGUGAGGAGUUGCCAGGCAGUGAGCAGCCCCCCUCACCCCUGGCCCCAUGAGCCACAGCCACAGGCAGCAGAGGAGGGCUAAGGAGAGGAGGACGCCUCAAGUCCAUUGUUUAUUACCCUGACUCUUAGCCCAGCACACAGUAGGCACUGGAGAGGAAUGAUUCCCAGUUUAACCACACCAUGGUACCUUUUAUGAAGAAAAAUUGAGCAUAAAAUCUACUAUAAGCUCCAUAGGAACUCAAAGAUGAGGGCAAAACUGUGAGACAAGAAGCAGAGAAAGAAAAUAGACCCAGUUAUUCUUGAUUUAGGGGACCUCAACCUUGGGUUCAGUCUCUGAGGACAAAGGGAAAGGUAGUUGGCCUGCCUCUCGCCUGCACGUCACUGCUGGACUAGCUGUCGCAUGUGGCUGGGAGCUGCAAGGCCAGUGCCUGAGGGGCCCCAGCAGUUCCACAGGCGGUGAAGCCUGAGUUGGCAGAGGAGGAGCCAGAAAACUGCCCUUUCUGCACUGGUGGAAACUAGGUAUUUAUGCCAUGUGGAGAGCCAGCGAGAUAGUCUGUUUUGAGGACUUGGAAAGUUGUUCCUAUGAAGCCUGGAGCUUGGAUGGUUUUGAGAGGUUAAUGGCGUCUCCACAGUCACUCUUCCCUAGUUCCAGGAUUACUGUCCUAGCAGCUAACAGUUCUACUCUCUUCCCCAGAAUGUAGACAGGCAGCAGAUGUAGCAGGUCUCCCCACAGCUCUGAAAGGACCCUGGUGACAGCUACGCCCUCAGCACCAGGAUCUGGCCUUCCCAAUGAGGGAGGCUUCCAGGAAACACAGAAUCCACAUGACCUUAAGAUUAUUUACAACUCAGUCAUGGUGCUGCUGUCCUCCAGGCUUACUGGCCCCUCCUGACUGGCAUCAGGGGCUUCCUCAGGUGGUGGAGAGAGUUUACUUUCAACAACUAGUUUAUUCAAGAAAAGAACUUACUUACUGAUUCCCCUGUACCUAAAGCAAGAGUGGCAGGUGAUCAGGGCUGGUGUAGCAUCCAGUUCCUUUAGUGCAGCUAAUUACAUUUGUCACUGAUGACCAAGGAGGAAAUCACUAAGACGUUUGAGAAGCAGUGGUAUGAACGCUCUUGGACAAGCUACAGUUCUGAGCCUUAACCCUGUAGUUUGCACACAAGAACGAGCUCCACCUCCCCUUCUUCAGGAGGAAUCUGUGCGGAUGGAUUGGCUGGACUUGUCAAUGGUUCUGGGUUGCAGGUGGGCGUUGUAUGGCUGGGUAUGGAGCAGACAGCCCCCAGGAGUCAGAGCCUCAGCCCGGCUGCCCUGGUGGAAGGUGCGGGUGUUCAGCACCUUCAGAGAAGGGCAUAAAGCGGUGGGGGACAAUUCUCAGUCCAGGAAAAUGCAUUGACCAUUGCUGGGUAUUUGCUUACCUAGUAAGAAUUGGAUUCAUUUUUGACCAGAUUAUUCUUCUAUGCUUUUUUGCAAUAAAUCAAAUCCCACAUAUCUACAAGUGGUAUGAAGUCCUGCACCCCCCAGGAGGCCUGUCCAGGCAUCUCUUCAGAGGCAGGGUGGGUUACACUCAUUUACCUCCCCUCUUCCCACCAAAUUAUGACACAAACGAGUACGUUUCCUCUCUAGAACCCUGUAAUGCCUCCUCCCCCAUCCCCAGAGCUCCUCACUGUAGGUCUUAUCCUGGACAAGGAUUUUUCAAGUCGGAGGCGCAGAACAUGAGCAAUCUGACAUUCCUACAGCCCCUCACACAUGCAAGGCUACUAAGGCAGGAGGAGUAUAAAUGAUGGAUAUUGACCAAGACCUGCUUGGACGGAGACUGCCAUAUUAUCUGUUCUCUUCGUUCACAAAACAGCCUUCACUUGUCUCAGAAUUUGAUGGACACAUACCGUGAUGAGCAGGAGCUUCAGAUGCACUCUUUACACAUUUUGUUGAAAUAAACCUCUACAUUUGUAGAAGA